GGAGCGACGCGCGUUAGCCUAACUAGCUACAUGUUCUUCCUGUGUGCUUUCUUGUCUGUUUGCAAGGGUUACUGCGGAACAUAUUUUACUUUACAGGCCCCGCAGUCGAUCGGAUCAAAAUGAUUAUCCCGGUCCGGUGCUUCACCUGUGGGAAAAUCGUUGGGAAUAAAUGGGAGGCGUACCUUGGCCUCCUUCAAGCUGAAUACACUGAAGGUGAUGCCCUUGAUGCUCUUGGUCUGAAGAGGUAUUGCUGUCGGAGGAUGCUGCUGGCUCAUGUAGACCUCAUUGAGAAGUUGCUGAAUUAUGCACCCCUGGAGAAAUGAUGGAUACAACAACCACAUACAAGAAUCAUAUGGCUUAUUUAUGGACAAGCCCUGGCUGACUGCCAGUGAAGCAGUGCACCCUGAUGGAUUGACAUCCAAGAGACUAUUUUCACACCUGGUUUGAAUCGUAAAUGUUUUGUUGAAUAAAGCAAUAAAUACUCACUUAUAAGGGCUUUGUAAAGCGGAGUCAGUUCUUUAAUAUGGCUUCUUUGUUGGCUCAGUGACCUAGUUUCACUUUCUCGCAUGCACUCUGUAUCCUGAGAGAACAAUGAACCCUGGUAGGCAAGGCUCAUUUCACUAGGCGUCUUUGAAUUCCUGCUGCUUCCUGACAAAAACAUGGCAAGUGGCUGUAGCCUUAUUGGAUUGAAGUGAAGCCAUGUAAUUCACAUUGCGUAAAUAAGACAGUAGGCCAACCCCUUUAAGCAGCACGGGUCAGACAAUGAAAACUACCUGGUCCACUUGUUACAAUCUCUUUUUGCAAUAAACACUUGUUCCAACUC